AUAAACUCCAAUAUGCAAUUGGUUACUAUUGCCUGCUUUCUGCUGAUUCUCGGUUGUGUGGUUAUCAAUGGUCAGUCACAGGACUGCCAAAGGCUAAGAGACACCUGUAACAGAUGUGUUCGCAGCCUAAGUCCCAUGAAAAAUAUAGAUUUUAUGAAUGAUGGUUGCCGGGAGAAAGUGCGCCGAACUUACAUUUGGAGAAAUCAAACACGAUGUGAUCUGCAGGUGAUUGCCUGUCGUUCUCACAAUAGAAAACUGGACUGUGCAGUUAUUGCCCAAAUAGCUGGCAUGAGAAGACGCACUUAG